ACAGUCACGAGUUACCGUUGUUGUUGAGAUUAAAUGUUAAUAUUUGAAAAAACAUGAAUACGUUUUUUAACAUUAAAAAGUGUAAAAAAUAUUGCUGACGAGGUUUUUAUUUUCACCAAUCCAUUAGUGUAUGACUUGUGGUAAAGAAUAUUUACCAUGGACGAACACAGCACAAUGGACCUUGUCGAAAGCAGUGACGACGAUAGUCAGUCGUCAAAAAUGUUAACCGUCGAAGAGAUGCUUUUGGGUAAAGGUAGACAGGAGAAAUCGUUGGGAAACUUAGCGACAAAAUUUGCAGAUCUCCUGAGAAAUUCUCCUGAUGGAGUGAUGCACUUGAAUAAAGCUACAGCGAUGCUAGCUGUAAAACAAAAAAGAAGAAUAUAUGAUAUAACAAAUGUACUGGAAGGUAUUGGAUUAAUCGAGAAAAAAACCAAAAACCAAGUUCGAUGGAGAGGAGUGGAAACGAGCGAAGAUGAAAAAACUGCCGAAAUGAGAUCAAAACUUCAAGAUGAAAUACAAACCCUCAAAUGGCAAGAAGACAUAUUAGAUAAGCAAUUAGAGAUUCUCACCCGUGACUUCAAAGUGCUCAAAGAAGAAAAGUCGUUUUCUCGUUACAUGUAUUUAUUAAGUAGUGAAAUAUCCAACAAGCAAGAAAAACGAUCAGUGUUCACUGUACAACCGAUGGAAGCUCUCAGAGGCGCCAGUAUUUCUAUACCUAGAACUAAAUUCCAUGAAAACUAUAAUAUGAAAUCACAUGCCAAUAGCAUGCCGUUUAGAAUAAACUUAAAUUCCAAAAACGUGCCAGUCAUUAUGAACCUUAUAUCUUUUAAAGCAUUUGGUCAAUUUGAGAAAAAAAGAAACAUAAAAGACCUGACGAACAAAACGACAAAACUCUCUCGACGAGAAGGUUCUAUCGAUGUGCAUACUAGCAUUACGCAAAUAACUGAAGAAACAGAACUAGAAGAAGUAAUAGUAUUAAACAAAGAAGGCAAACAAGUUGAAAAAAAUCUAGAUGCUGAAAGAACUACAAAAGAUUCUCAAACAGUAAAAGUUCCUCCUCGCUACGAUCCGAUUUAUAGGCUCAGUCCUCCGCCAUCAGAGAAUACUUUUCGGUAUCUAAUUGACCCUUCAGAAGGCGCUUUUGAAGCAUUUGAUAUUUCGCCCAUAAAGCAAGUGAUAAUAUAAAUUAUUUAUUCAAAAGUUAACUAUGGGACUUUGAAAAGAUACAUACAUAUAUCUAAUAUGCGUUCACCUUCAGCGUUGAUGAAUUUAUAAAAUUGUCCCUUUAAUAUUAUACGAUAAACUUAGUAAUUAUACAAACUUGAAUUAAUCUUUUUUGGAAUUUGUGCUAUAUUAUAUUAUCUAUAUUAGAUAUAUAUAUUGUUAACAGAAUAGUAUUUCUUGGUUGAUAUAUUUUAACAAGCUAUAUGACCUAAACGUAUACUUAUCAAAAUUGUUUUGUAAGUAAUAACUUUAAAAAAAAGUAACUGUAAACACCCUUAAGUA